CAAAAUAAAAACAGUAACCAAAAGCCGCAAAAACAAAAAGUCUUCAUUUUUAGAGAGAAAAAAAAAAGGGUGAAGAAAGGGGGAAGGAUCAUCUUCAUCCUUACCAUAUAGUCAGACUCAUCACUCACACAGAAGGGAAGACAGUGAAAUGGAGAAGGAGAGAGAGCAGCUAGUUUACUUGGCUAGGCUUGCAGAGCAAGCUGAGAGAUAUGAUGAAAUGGUUGAAGCAAUGAAAAAUGUUGCAAAAUUGGAUGUAGAACUGACUGUUGAGGAGAGGAAUUUGGUGUCAGUCGGUUAUAAGAAUGUCAUUGGGGCAAGAAGGGCGUCAUGGCGGAUUCUGUCUUCUAUUGAGCAAAAAGAGGAGAGCAAGGGGCACGAACAGAAUGUAAAGAGGAUAAAGAGUUACAGACAGAGGGUUGAAGAUGAGCUCACUAAGAUAUGCAAUGACAUAUUAUCAGUAAUUGACGAGCACCUCCUUCCAUCUUCCUCAACUGGAGAGUCGACUGUUUUCUAUCACAAGAUGAAGGGAGACUAUUAUCGUUAUUUAGGUGAGUUCAAAACAGGAGAUGAUCGCAAAGAAGCAGCUGACCAGUCACUCAAGGCAUAUGAGGCUGCCACCAGCGCUGCAUCCACAGAUCUUCCCCCUACUCAUCCCAUCAGACUUGGUCUGGCUCUAAACUUUUCUGUCUUCUACUAUGAGAUCUUGAAUUCGCCUGAGAGGGCUUGCCAUCUUGCCAAACAAGCUUUUGACGAAGCAAUUGCGGAACUUGAUAGCCUCAAUGAAGAAUCCUACAAAGACAGCACUCUCAUCAUGCAACUUCUUAGAGAUAAUCUUACAUUAUGGACAUCAGAUCUUCCAGAAGAGGGAGGUGAGCAAUCCAAGGGAGAUGAUGCUCAAGGGGAGAGCUAGCUGGUGAUGUAACGCGAAAUGAUUGACGUGCUAGCAUGCAAAAAUUGCUGUUAUUUUAAAUGAAAUACAUGUUCUGUAUUAUUUAUUUUCUUGUUGAAGAACAUCUUGAACUGUCAUUGUCUUUCCAUUUUGAAUGAAAACAGAUUAAUGUUGAAAUCUUAAUCCCUCCUCCCCUCUUCAUUUUC